CGCGCUGGGGGCAGCCAUGGCGGACGGGCCGCUGUCGGAGGUGCUGCUGCGGCGGCUGGAGGCGGCGGAUGGCGGGCUGGACAGCGCCGAGCUGGCGGCCGAGCUGCGCGUGGAGCACCAGGCCGUGGUGGGCGCCGUGAAGAGCCUGCAAGCGUUGGGCGAGGUCAUCGAGGCUGAACUGAGAUCCACCAAGCGCUGGGAACUGACCCCCGAGGGCGAGGAGAUUGCCCGAGAGGGCAGCCAUGAGGCCCGUGUGUUCCGGAGCGUCCCACCUGGGGGCCUGGCCCAGAGCGAGCUGAUGAAACUGCCCAGUGGCCAGGUGGGCUUCAGCAAGGCCAUGUCCAAUAAGUGGAUCCGCGUGGACAAGAGCGCGGCCGAUGGGCCCCGGGUGUUCCGCGUGGCAGACAGCGUGGAGGACGAGGUGCAGAAGCGGCUGCUGGUAGUCCGAAGUGGGCAGGCUGAGAAGCUGAGCGAGAAGGAGCGGAAUGAGCUGCGUAAGAGGAAGCUGCUGAGCGAAGUGACCCUGAAGACCUACUGGGUGAGCAAAGGCAGCGCCUUCAGCACCAGUGUCUCCAAGCAAGACACGGAGCUGAGCCCAGAGAUGAUCUCCAGUGGCUCCUGGCGGGACCGAUCCUUCAAACCCUACAACUUCGCGGCACGUGGUGUGCUUCCCGACUCUGGCCACCUGCACCCGCUGAUGAAGGUCCGCACGCAGUUCCGGCAGAUCUUCCUGGAGAUGGGGUUCUCCGAGAUGCCCACCAACAACUUCAUUGAAAGCUCCUUCUGGAACUUUGACGCCCUUUUCCAGCCACAGCAGCAUCCGGCACGAGACCAGCACGACACCUUCUUUCUGCAAGACCCAGCUGUGGCCCCACAGCUCCCAAUGGAUUAUGUCCACCGAGUCCAGCGGACCCACUCCCAGGGUGGCUACGGCUCCCAAGGGUACAAGUACCCCUGGAAGCUGGACGAAGCCCGCAAAAACCUGUUGCGCACGCACACCACUGCCUCCAGUGCACGAGCCCUGCACCUCCUGGCGCAGAAGAAACCCUUCACCCCAGUCAAGUACUUCUCCAUCGACCGUGUGUUCCGCAAUGAGACCUUGGACUCCACACACUUAGCUGAAUUUCACCAGAUCGAGGGUGUUGUGGCUGACUAUGGUCUCACCCUGGGCCAUCUCAUGGGUGUCCUACAGGAGUUCUUCACCAAGCUGGGAAUCACCCAGCUGCGUUUCAAGCCAGCCUAUAACCCCUACACGGAGCCCAGCAUGGAGGUGUUCAGCUACCACCAAGGUCUGAAGAAGUGGGUGGAGGUUGGAAACUCGGGGCUCUUUCGCCCUGAAAUGCUGUUGCCCAUGGGGCUCCCUGAAAAAGUGUCGGUCAUUGCCUGGGGCCUCUCGCUGGAGCGCCCCACCAUGAUCAAGUAUGGCAUCAACAACAUUCGGGAGCUGGUCGGCCACAAGGUGAACCUGCAGAUGGUCUACGACAGUCCCAUGUGUCGCCUGGACAUGCCCACACAGGCAGCGGCCUGACCUCCUGCCCCAUGGCAUGGCCCGGCAUACCCCACCAUCCCGUGAGGCUGCCCCCCUUUGCUGUCUCUUGUGGGCAACUAGUCUGUGUUCAUCUUCUGGGGGAUGCCGCGGUUGUUGCCCCUCAUCUGGUGCCUUUUUGGGGGGGUAAAGGUGGGUAACCUUGGGUCCAGGGUGAGGGUGGCAUCCAGGGCCUGCUGCCUAGACUGGACUGAAUGGUCCACUGGGGACAAUCAGCUCAUAGGGGACACUUGUGGCCAUCCACUGCUGCCAGUGCCACUCCAUGGCAGGUACCCAGGAGCCGAGCCCCCCCAAACCAGCUGUUGGACUGGGGUCAGCUUUUCAAAGUCACCCUCUUAAAAUUUUGCAGUUUCAAAAAAAAAAAAUGAUUUUGCAGUUUUCGGUUCAAAGCCUAUGCCCAAUGCUGACUCUUAUUGGUUUGGGGGCAAGUAACAGGAGACACCAAGAUCUUCCCCGGCGCCACCAGAACUGCCCACCUGUGCCCAAAAUGGCCCCGGGUGCCAUUGGGACCACCAUGCCGAGACUUUAAAAUGUGAUCCCCUGGCUUCAUCAAACGGCCCACAGAGCCCAUUAACCCCCUUCUCCCCUGACAAAUCUGUUCUUUAAAAGACAAAUUGUGCUGCCUGGACUGCAGCCUAUUGCUGAAAGUCCACUUCCUCUGUCACACCCCACAUCCUGGGGCUGGUCUUGUCCCAGUACCCACCCGUGAGGCCAGUGUCCUGUCUUCUCCCUCCCCAGGUUCCUUUUAGUGGUACAGGACCUCCUUGAGCAGUUGGGGGCACUGUGCAGCAGGCAAAGCUGGGGAUAUAUCAGGAAGCAGGCAGGGUAGAUGCCCCAAUACCCCAGAGCCCCCCAUUUAUAUAUGGGUCUUGAGCUCUGCUUUGGGUCUUACCAUGGCCAGUUCUUGGGGUCCUCCGCCCCGACAGGGUUUGGUGUUGGUUGGCCCUCAAUAUCAAAUCCUUUACCUCGAACAUAUUGUGAAGUUAAUAGCAAGAUGUGCUUUAUUUUGUGUGUUUUCAAAAUUCAUAAAUCUGCUCCGUAAAUAACGUG